AUGUCGAAAAUCAACAACCUUGAGUUUGCUGCCCUCAAUCUCUCCGGAGAUAAUUACCUCCAAUGGGCACUUGAUACCAAAAUUCUCUUGAGGUCUAAAAAUCUUGGUGAUACUAUCACUGAAGACACUGAGCCAUCGGUUAAGAAUAAAUACCAGGCCAUUGUGAUCAUUUGCCAUCAUCUGGCUGAAGGUCUUAAAGACCAGUACCUCACUAUUGAGGAUCCUCUGGAACUUUGGACAGAGUUGAAAAACAGAUAUGAUCAUCAGAAAACUGUGAUCCUGCCAAAGGCCCUUUAUGAUUGGAGGAACCUAAGAAUCCAAGACUAUAAAUCUGUGGAAGAGUAUAACUCGGUUAUGUUCAAGAUAGUCUCCAAGUUGAAAUUGUGUGGGGAGACUGUCACUGAUGCUGAUAUGCUGGAGAAAACAUUUUCCACAUUCCACACCAACAAUAUGUUGCUUCAGCAACAGUACCGAGAAAAGAACAAUGAGUUACUCAUGAUGAACAGUGAGCUAAGGCCACCUGGUACUAAAGCAUUGCCUGAGGCACAUGCGGCCAUAGAGCCAAAAGAUGAGACUCCAAGAGAGUCAUACCGCGGUCGCAUGAGAGGCCGUGGAAGAUGGCAAGGAAGUAACCGUGGGUUUCAACUACGAGGUCGUGGGUUUCAGCCACGAGGACGUGGAUUCCAACCACGAGAUCAUCUUGGUCGCUGCCGAGGCCGAGGCUAUAGCCGAGGUCAUCAUGCUAGCCAUGGGUAUAAGUCCGACUUCAAAACCCAUGGCUCGACCAAAACUCCUUGCUAUCGUUGUGGGAUGACCAAUCAUUGGGCUAACCGAUGCAGAACUCCCCAACAUCUUGUUAAACUCUACCAGGAGAGCAUAAAGGGAAAAGACCCUGUGGCAAAUUGGGUCCAUCAUGAUGAUGAGAAUGAUCUAGACCAUGAGAAUGAUCAAGCUGAUUAUGAGACUUCGGAUCUCCUUAAAAGUGGCUGA